CUCCCGAUAUGCGACCUCCCGAUACUCGACCUCCUGUAGGUGCAACAAUGCUGAAAUGGUUAACUCCAUAUGUAUCAAUGAUCUACGUGGACAUCAAACAUCGUUAUCAUACAAUUAUCAUGUUUAGCACCCCGUACCCAGUCUCCUACGCGAACUCUUUAACAUCACUAUCAAGAUCUCGUGAUAGUGCCACGUUCAAAAGAGCAAAGGCUUAA